AUGGCCACUGACGAUCAGGAUGUGAGAGUGACGGCUCUCAACGGGUAUGAUUGGCCUGUUGCUCUUCCGAAAAACAUCCAUGAAGCUGACCGUCCCAUGCGUGACAUCUCGUUCCAAGCAGUAUGGACUGUCUCGAGUUGCAAAUCAGAAGGGAAUGGUAUACACGAAUUGCUGCACGACAGUGUUGACAAAUACUGGCAAAGCGAUGGACCCCAACCACAUACAGUCACCAUAGAAUUCCCAAGGAAAACGGAUAUUUGCUUCGUUAUGAUGUAUUUAGACUUUAAGAAUGACGAGUCCUACACACCAAGCAAGAUUAUUGUACAUCUUGGUUCUUCAUUAGCUCAUCUUGACGACGGUCUUCCUGUGGAGUUCAACGAGCCAACAGGUUGGCAGUUGAUAGACUUAAGAUCGAGAAGAACAAACAGACCUUCUCGUGCCAUGGUGGUACAACUACAAGUGGUACAUAACCAUCAAAAUGGUCGUGAUACGCACAUAAGACACAUUCGUGUGCUGGGGCCAACUAGGUCUCGGUUCGUCUCACAUGCUCGAUUGCACGUUGGUCGGCCAGGAACAGUCGAUGACUUUGUACUGCCACCUGUUUCGGACCUGAACAAGCUGAUCAGUAGCUGUAUGGCUAUUCGGUGA